AACGGGUAUCUUUGCUACUGUAUGCAUGUCACUCACAUCAACAUACAAUAUUCUCAAUUUCAUCUUUUCUUUCUAUACAUUCGUAUGUGAUUGACAUCGCUUGCAUUUCAAGCAACACUCAUUAGUUCAAUUUAAGACGCCAGAGAAAUCAUUACCUACCAAGUUUGUAAGAAGGAAUCGCUUGUGAUUUUGACAUUGAAUGAUAGAGAUUAACUGAAUACGAAAAAGAAAACACUGUCUGGAUUUUAAAAUAAAGCAAAAAUUCGUAAUCUUUUGGCAGUCGGUGUUUCAUAGUGUAAAAGUCUAGUUUCGCUUCGAAAAUGUUGAGUUUUGUUGUUUUAGUAAUGUUUGCUGCAACAGUAGCAAAUGCUGGUUUUCAUAAGCAUCGAUAUUUUACAACUGAUAUGAACGGUUUUCACAAUUUCGGCCGUCACUAUGGAUUUGGUCAACAUGGUCGAUUCGGGCCACCGCCACCAGUCUAUGGACCACCGCCACCAGUGUAUGGACCACCGCCACCGUUUGUGCCGCAGUUCCACCAAGGUAAUCAUCCUCAUCAUCAUGGCCAUCAUCAGCAUUCGCCACAAUGCAAUCAUAAGCCAGGCGAUGGUUUCGGUACGUUCCCAUUUACCUCAAAUACCAUGCCAUCUUCUACAGACACUUCCAUGCCUAUCAUCCCAAAUAUGAAUAAUCCAUUUAUUCAUGAUUCGCAUUUUCCGUUUAAUCCAAAAAAUCCCUUCUUCGCAAACCCCAACCAAAACGGUGGCAACAUUCCGCCAUUUUUCGGACAAAAUAACUUUGGCUUCGUUCUAUCGAAUUUGCCAUUGGAUCCACUUCCGACAUCUAAUUCAAUAUUCAACACAAACACAAUGUCACCGCUCGAUGCAAACACAGCACUGAUUGAUCAUCGUUCGACGACCACGCCAAGCAUUAUUGAUGCGAACAACGGUGGAAAUCAGCCACAAAACCCAUAUAUUCCUCCAAAUCAAACGAAAGGUUCACCCGAUGCCACCGGCUCAUCAACCGAUGCGAACCAGAAUAAUGGCAAUAAUUAUAAUGGAACCGGAGCAAUUGCAACCGACAAUGACUUCGAUAGUGUCGAUGAACCAUCAGCGGCAACAACAACAACAACGCCAUCACCGGCUCAAGGCAAAUACAACGGGCUCGACUACGAUAUUGACGUGCGAUUCAGUGACAGUAAAAAUGACAAUAGAACCAAUCAAAAACCAUUGGACACAAUCAAACCAUAGGAAUUGAAUCGAACAGCAGCAUCGCAACUGAAUUCCUUGAAAAUUAAUGCAAAAUUCUAUAGUUAUAAUCAGGCAAUUUAAUUUUUACAUUCUCAUGAUGAAGUGACGCAUACGGAAAUGCUUCCGCGAAUAAAAACAUGAUUCAUAUUUCGGUUUUUUUUUUCUUGUUGCCAAACUAAAAUCGAAUGCAACCUUAAGAAAUGACGUGGAAUUGUGGUUUUUUUUCACUUUUGCUGGAAAUAAACUCAACAAUAUUGAAAUUAUACGGUUUUAUAAAUUAUUCAUGUUAUUACCACCGAAGAAAUAAAUUAAAAAAUAAUCAGUUUUGUUCAAAGAA